AUGCCGCCAAAGUCGACGGUCAAGAUAGAGUCCGCUCCCGAGGGCUUCACGCCCGAACGGUUCGAAAAGGAGCUCAAGAGCCUCGCGGCAAAGGCAAAGGGCCAGACCAGAGGCAGAUUCUACAAGCAGCAGGCCUCGGCGUAUCUCAAGGCCACCAUCCUCAUCGCCCUCGCCGCCACCUACAGCAACGUCUCCCAGCUGGCCAUGUCGCCCGUCUACGGCGCCAUCCCGUCGUCGAUAUACCACGCCAAGCUCGUCAUGGUCGCCUGCUUCUUUGGCUGGGCCGGCAACGUCGUCCUCAACCGCACUUUGCCUAUUAACCCGGCCACCCUGCUGCCCGUCGUCGCCCUCUGCGUCCCCGCGAUUCAGUACUACCUCUACCAGACCAGCGCUCUGCUGACUGCGUACUGGGGUCCCCUGGUCAUGGAGGCCGUCACGCUGUUCCCCCUCGUCGUCAUCUCGGUGAGCUGCGUGGCGACGGAGAUGGAGAAGGUGAGCCUGUCCAAGCUGCCCAAGUUCCUCGCCGACGCCGCGCCGGGUCUGGGCUCCUGGGGCCUCUUCCGCUUCGUCGAGACGCUGUCGGGCGACUAUCUGCAGACCUACGUCGGCCGGUCCUUCUUCCAGACGCGCAUCGGCCUCGAGGCGCUGCUGGGCGCCGCAUACGCCGUCUACGCCCCGUCCAAGCUGCUGCUUUUCACCGUCCCGGCCGUACUGCACACGGCGUUUUUGAACCCACAUGCGCUGACGCCCAUGGCUGCGGCUUCGCUCAACUCCACAUUGCAGGCGGAUAACUGGUUCCUGCUGGAUCGCAAGGAGUCCGUCACGGGGUACGUCUCCGUGCUGGAGAGUAUCAAGCACGGGUACCGUGUCAUGCGGUGCGAUCACUCGCUGCUCGGUGGCGAGUGGGUGAAGCACAAGGGUCCUCGCGUCGCGGAGCCUAUCUAUGGCGUCUUCGUCAUGUUGGAGGCUGUUCGGCUCGUCAAAACGACCAAGGCUGUUCCCGACUCCAAGGCUAAGGCUCUGAACAUCGGCCUUGGUAUCGGUACUACGCCAGCGGCUCUGGUCGCUCACGGCGUCGACACGACGAUUGUCGAGAUCGAUCCCGUCGUGCACGAGUUUGCCUCAAAGUACUUCCAGCUGCCGUCCAACCACACACCCGUCAUCGCGGACGCAGUAAGCUACACGCGCAAGCUCGCCGACGACCCGGACGCGAGGUUCGACUACAUUGUCCACGACGUCUUCACCGGCGGCGCCGAGCCCGUGCCCCUCUUCACCCUCGAGUUCCUCCAGGGCCUUAACUCGCUCCUCAAGCCAGACGGUGCCAUUGCAAUUAACUACGCCGGCGACUUCCUCCACCCGGCCCCCAAACUCGUCGUGGACACAAUCAGAGAGGUCUUCCCCUCCUGCCGCAUCUUCCGCGAGUCGGAGCACCCUACCCCGGAGAAAAUCGAGGAGGAGGGCCAGGAUUUUACCAACAUGGUGAUCUUUUGCAAAAAGACGUCCGGGAAGCUCAAGUUCAGGGCCCCCGUUGAAGACGACUUCUUGGGCAGCCGCACCCGCCGCGCGUUCCUGAUGCCGGCGCACGAGGUGUUUCCCAAGCACUUUUUGCAGGGGGAUUACGGAAUCUUGAGGGAUAACAGCACGGAGCAGCUGACUAAAUGGCACGAGAAGAGCGCGCUGGGGCAUUGGGAGGUGAUGCGGGUUGUGAUGCCGGAUAAGAUUUGGGAGUUGUGGUGA